UCCCAUACCUCUAUGCAGGUGGACUUCGUCUAAUCAGCCGGCGCGAUGCUUCUUCAACAGGGCAGCAUGGCAACCUGGAGGCCCAUAAUUGCAAGAUAUGGAAAGCUCUGUUGUGAUCAUGCACAGAACACCCGACAUCACACGCAUCAGACGCACCGAGUGUAACUCACAUAACGCAGAUGCGACGAUCUGCGUCGCAUUAGUGAGAUGCUUCGCUCACCAUAUUACGUUUUCGACCGUUGCUAUUUACGACAAAGAUUUGUCAACCGUAUACGACUGGAUACCCCAAGCGCUUUCCCAGAGCUCGAUCCUCUUUGUUACCAGAUUGUGAAGCUUGCAUCGACCGCCGAAACCCGGAUUGCUUUCAUCGCCUACCUUUCCUGCUCGUUCCCUCCAGGUAUACAGAGUACCGAGGGCCAGAGACCGGGGUCCGUGCGAGACUCUGGCAACUUGCAAGCAAUGCCGACCACCCACCGUUGCGACAAGACGACCAAACUUGAGCAUCGCGGCUCUGCUAUGCAGAAUGCAGUGUCUUGCAGCACGCCUGAGGACGAUUGGCUCUGUGGCAGGCUCCUUCGAUUCGCCAUAUCGUGCCAGACAUGGAUGACAGAUAACCUUUCCGUACCACGAUCCCUGGCUUACACGUGGGGGCCUUCCCGCAACUGUUCCCACCAACUAAACUACAUAGUUCGUGGGAAACCGGAAGCGUUGUCGAUGACAAAGUCAAAUAUACCUACUGUACCACGGUAAAGAUCAUCCUGGCACGUCUUUGGAAUUUCAGA